AUGGCGGGAGACUUAUUUGCCAUUGACUCUACAAUCAAUUGUAAUGGCAUUGUUCCCGAGAAGCAGCGAUCGAAAGAGAUGCAUAAAUAUGGCCGACUCACAAGGAAAUUUCAAACAAUUGAAGAGGUAUACAAAGGAGAAAAGGAAGAAGGUAUCUCCCUGUCGGGAACAUUCCUGACAACAGAGACUGUUGAUAACGAAGAAAAGAGUGCCUUUAGCCUUUUCUUUUUCCUUCCUUCUUUCUUUCUUUUUCUCCCAACCAUUUUUCCUUGUCUUUUUCUUCCUCUCUCUCUCUCUCAUUUUCUCUUUUCCUCUGAGGGAUAUCUAUCUAUCUAUCUAUCUAUCUAUCUAUCUAUCUAUCUAUUACAGUCUGGCCCUAUCUUUCUAACGUUGUUUCUAUCUAUAUAUCUAUCUAUUUUUGUUCGACGCUCUCUCUCUUUCUUUCUCUCAUUAAUAUCUAUCUAUCUAUCUAUCUAUCUAUCUAUCUAUCUCAUUCUGUUCCUAUCUAUCUAUCUAUCUAUCUAUCUAUCUAUCUCUGCCUGUUCAUAUCUAUCUAUCUAUCUAUCUAUCUAUCUAUCUAUCUAUCUAUCUAUAUAUAUAUCUAUAUCUCAUUCAGUUAAUAUCUAUCUAUCUAUCUAUCUAUCUCACCCUGUUCAUAUCUAUCUCAUUUUAAUAUGUAUCUAUCUAUCUAUCUAUCUAUCUAUCAUCUAUCUAUCUAUCUAUCUAUCUAUAUCUCAUUCUGUUCCUAUCUAUCUAUCUAUCUAUCUAUCUAUCUAUCUAUCUAUCUAUCUAUCUCAUUCUGUUCCUAUCUAUCUAUCUAUCUAUCUAUCUAUCUAUCUAUCUAUCUAUCUAUCUAUCUGUAUCAGCCUGUUCAUAUCUAUCUAUCUAUGA